CUCGCUCAGCGCUGCCUUUACAAUGACUAAUGCAGUUCUUUAGAACACCUUUAAACAACAUAUUUAGCACCUGGAUGUAAAUGCGUGUGUCAGUGGCAGCUACCGAACCUUGAGUGGUAUCUGUACAUUUUUAUAAGUAUUUGUAAAUCUUUAAAUAUGUUUAAAAAAUGCACUGACUGAGUGAGUCGGGUGCUGUUCUAACUCCAUGACUGAAAGUGAAACUUUGUGCCAAUGAACUGCAGUUUUACCACUCUGUUACUACAGUAACCAGGCGCUUGUCUCCUGCGCCAUUACCACGUGUUUCAAGAACUGUCACUUAGUGUUUUAUUUUUAGUAGCUGUGAUUUUGCGAACUGUCUAUGGCACAUAUUAAGGAGGAGCAGUAGCUCUGCGUCUCUCGCUACCUCGCGCCGAGAUACACCUGCUGUCUCGUUUCCGUCACACUCGAGUUGUGGCGGGAAGCGCGCGCUCUCGGCCACCGAUCCGGACCCGUUCGUUCGUUAUCACUCGGGAAGAUGGUCAUGGGACCUCCCUGCUUUUGCCCUCUUUCCCUCUUCUUUUUCGCCGCCCUGGUUGCACAUUUGCCGCAUUGCGCGACGGGCACAUCCAGGCUGAACAUCCCCAAAGUGCUUCUGCCGCUCGCGAGGAGCACAAGGAUCAACUUCACACUGGAGGCGACCGACGGCUGCUACAAAUGGUCUUCCACCAGACCGGAGGUGGCCAACAUUGAGAGCGUCGAUGCCAUUGAGGUUGCAGACCAGCUGUGUUCCCAGCGGGCCAUACUGCAGGCUCGCUCAACGCAUCCAUCCAGACUCACAAGCAUAAUCCUCGCAGAAGACAUCUUGACCGGCCAGUCCCUGCGAUGUGACGCCAUAGUGGACAUCAUCAGCGAGAUCCAGGUGGUCUCCACCACCCGUGAGCUCUACCUGGAGGACUCCCCACUGGAACUGAAGAUCCAUGCCCUGGACUCUGAAGGAAAUACCUUCAGCACGCUUGCAGGACUGGUUUUUGAUUGGACCAUAGUGAAAGACGCGGAGACGGGCAGCUUCCCGGACUCAUACAGUGCUCUGAGGGUCCUCAGGUUCUCCGAGUCCACGUACACUCCACCAAGCUACAUUUCUAACAUGGAGAAAGUGGGCAAGCAGGGAGACAUCAUCCUUGUGUCGGGCCUCAAGACUGGAAACGCCAAGUUGAAGGCCAAGAUCCAGGAGUCGCUGUAUAAGGAUGUGGAAGCUGCUGAGGUCAGGCUGCUGAUCCUUGAGAACAUAUUGCUGAGCCCCGCGUACGUCGUCUACCUCCUGGUGGGCACCUCCGUACAGUACAAGGUCCAGAAGAUCCGACAAGGAAAGAUCACGGAACUGUCAAUGCCCUGUGAUCAGUAUGAGCUGCAGCUCCAGAACAAUGUGGUGGCGCCUGAUGGUGACCCCGCACUGCCUAUCGCCAGGCUCAGCAAAGAUACUUCCAAGGUGCUCGCUCUGCAGCCUGGUCACACCAACGUCGUGCUGGAUCACAAAAAUCUUCGCCUGCAAGGGGCCUCGAGGCUUCCCAACAGUACGGUCUACGUGGUGGAGCCAGGAUACUUGGGAUUUAAAAUUCAGCCAGGUGACCACUGGGUCCUUGAGACAGGACGAGUCUACGAGAUUGUCAUCGAAGUGUUUGAUAAGUCGAGCAACAAAGUGUAUCUGUCUGAUAACAUUCGGAUAGAUGCCUCCUUCCAAAAGGAGUAUUUCGAGGUUUUGGAAUCGUCAUUGAACGGCUCGUACCACCGAGUGAAAGCUCUGAAAAAUGGACAGACUGUCAUCGAUGGCGCUCUCACCUCAGUGGUAGAUGAGGAUGGAGGAGUCCAUGUUUUUCCUAUCCCAGUGCGCAAUCAGCAGGAUGUGGAAAUCUAUAAUCCCAUAGUGCUCUCUCCCAAGAUCCUCACAUUUCCAUGGCAACCCAAAGUAGGAGCAUACCAGUACACGAUAAAGGCAACUGGUGGCAGCGGAAACUUCACUUGGUCCUCGUCCAGCCAAACCGUUGCCACGGUGACCGUUAAAGGAGUGAUGACAACAGUCAAUGACAUCGGCGUCAGUGUGGUGCGGGCCCGUGACGUGCAGAACCCUCUGCACUUUGGAGAGAUGAAGGUGUAUGUGAUCGAGCCCAUUGGCAUGGAGUUCACACCCUGCCAGGUGGAGGCCCGCGUGGGCCAGGUGCUGGACCUGCCUCUUCAAAUCUACGGCCUCCUGAGUGCAGAGAGUGGCGAGCGGGUCACCCUCAGCGACUGCUCGCACUUCCAGCUGCUGGUGGAGAUGGAGAGCCAGGGUGUCUUCCAACUGCUGGAGGGGAGGCUGGCGCCUGGCCAAGACCACUGCAGUGGAAUCCAAGCACAGGCGCUGGUGCCCGGUCACGUCGCCCUAACGGUCAGCUAUGCCCACGGCAACGUGCGCCUUAGCGCCCGCAUCACCAUUGCCGCCUACCAGCCUCUCAAAGUAAUUGACCCCGUGUCUGUUGCCGUGGUAACCCUGGCAUCUUCCAAAGACAUGCUGUUUGAGGGGGGUCCGAAGCCUUGGGUUCUGGAGCCCUCAAAGUUUUUCAGAAAUCUGACAGCUGAGGAUGUGCGCGGCGUCCACAUGGCACUCUUUGGCCCGGCAUCACGCAACUACAUCAAGCACUGGGUCCGAGCCACCUGCCGGGCUUUGGGCGAACAAGUCUUGUCACUGACGGUGGGGAACCAGCCCAGUCUGACAAACCCGUUCCCCGCCGUGGAGCCAGCUGUGGUGAAGCUGGUGUGUGCCCCACCCUCACGCCUCACACUGAUCCCUGUUUACACCAGCCCCCAGCUGGACCUGUCCUGCCCGCUGCUGCAGCAGAACAAACAAGUGGUGCCUGUUUCAAAUUACCGCAACCCUGUGCUGGACCUGGCUGCCUACGACCAGCAGGGAAGGAGAUUUGACAACUUCAGCUCUCUAAGCAUCACCUGGGAGUCAACCAAGGCAUCGCUGGCUAGCAUCGAGCCCACGUUUCCUAUGGAACUUCUUCUGAUGGACGAAAGCAGUGGGCAAAAGAAGCUCCAUGGCCGUCAGAAGGUGCUGGUUCAUCAUCAGUCGGGUGUGGCUGCCAUCACUGCAACAGCGACGGGGUACCAGGCCUCCCAUGUCAGCGCAGCAGAAGUGCCCAGUCCGUAUGAGCCACUGUCGCUGGUUUCCGCCACACUGGAGCUCCUGUUAGUGGAAGACGUGAAGGUCAGACCAGAGAUCAUCACCAUAUACAAUCACCCGGAUGUACGGGCUGAACUUUCCUUGAAGGAGGGUUCUGGCUUUUUCUUUGUGAAUGCCAGCAGUGGAGGUUUAGUGGAGUUGGUAUACCAGGAAUUGCAGGGAACUGCAGAGGUUCUGCCACUACAGGCAGGGCUCCUACAGGUGCUGGUUCAUGACUUGUGCUUGGCGUACCCUGCCCCGGCAAAGGCCACCGUCCACAUCUCUGACAUAUUUGAAGUUUAUGUCACUGUGGUUGACAAGGUAGAGAUUGGAAAGUCAGUGAAAGCUCAUGUCAGGGUCUUGGAUGACAACAAGAAGCCUUUCCUGGCCAAGUACUUUCCCUACAUGAACUUGCAGCUGAAGGCAGCAUCUGCAAUCCUCUCCUUAUCACCGCUUCGUGAGACGGCUGAGAAGGACACAGCUGUUUUCUCGGUCCGUGGCUUGGCUGUCGGACAGACCAGCAUAUCGGCCACGGUGCUAGACAAAAAUGGGAAAAAAAUCACAUCCGCCCCUCAGCCAAUUGAAGUGUUUCCACCAUUCAGACUGAUCCCCAGAAAAAUGACACUGAUUAUAGGUGCCAUGAUGCAGAUCACAUCAGAAGGGGGGCCCCAACCUCAGUCCCACAUCCUGUUCUCCAUCGCUAGUGAGGAAAUUGCUUCUGUCAACAGCAUGGGCCAUGUCAGGGGCCUCGCUGUGGGCAAUGUGACCGUGACUGGCCUGGUUCAAGCGAUCGAUGCUGAAACCGGCAAGCUCAUUGUUGUGUCUCAGGAUCAGGUAGAUGUGGAAGUUGUGCAGCUGAAGGGGAUAAGAAUUCGGGCACCUAUAACAAGAAUGAAGACUGGUACACAGAUGCCAGUUUACGUGAUGGGACUGACCAGCAGCCAAACACCCUUCUCCUUCGGUAAUGCACUGCCAGGCCUCACCUUCCAGUGGUCCGUGAGCAAACGGGACAUCCUAGAGGUGACUACACGCCACUCAGAGGCUUCCAUUAGCUUAAAUGCCCAGCAUAACUUCGGCAUGAGCGUUCAUGCUCAGACUAAGGGCAAGACCGGACUCAAGGUGGUGGUGAGAACCGUGGACCCCCAAGCCAGACACCUGGCCAGUAACGUGGAGGAGUUAUCGGACGAGCUGCAGAUUCAGGUUUAUGACAAAUUACGCCUGCUCAGUCCACACGUGGAAGCAGAGGAAAUAUUGAUGUCCCCAAACUCUGUGAUCAAGCUGAAGACUAACAGGGAUAGCAUGGGCCAGGUCUCCUACCGCGUGCAUGACUGUCCCAACAAGGCCGCUCUGAUCCACGUCAAUGAGAACGGCCAUCUGUCAUCAGGGGCGCUUACAGGCUCCGCCUCGCUGCAGGUGACCUCGCAGGAGAGCUUUGGUGUCAAUCAGACCGUCAUUGUGGCAGUGAAGGUGGUUCCAGUAUCCUACCUACGGUUUAGCACCAGCCCAGUCCUCUACACAUCCAGCAAGGAGUUCCCCUCCACUCUCCCUCUGGGAAUGGUCCUCACCUUCACUGUCAACUUCCACGACAGUACAGGGGAUGUGCUCCACGGGCACAAUUCCCUCCUGAACUUUGCCACCAACAGAGAUGACCUGGUGCUUGUGGGAAGAGGCCCCACCAACAACACGCUAAUGGUGCGCAUGGUCAACGUAGGACUGACGCUGCUCGAGGUGUGGGACUCGGAACACACAGGUGUGGCCGACUACCUGGCGCUGCCGGUGCGACACGCCAUCCACCCUGAGGAGGCCCAGAACCUGGUUGUUGGAGACGUUGUCUGCUUCGCCACUCAGCUGGUCAAUCAGGAAGGGUCCCCUGGUACCUGGAGCUCCUCGGCAUGGGGUGUGCUUCAGGUGGACCCCAAGACAGGCGUGGCGGUGGCCAGGAGUGCUGGCACUGUAACGGUGUACUACGAAAUCCCUGGUCAACUGAAGACCUACAGAGAGGUCUCUGUGAGUAACGCUGUCCGGACGUCAGUGAUGGUGCAGCCAGCUGUGGCGAAGAGCGAGCGCGAGCGCGAGUCCAGGGUGAUGGUCACCACCCGAGACGGUGGCACCAACCUCAUAGGGACCUGUUCGUCGGCACAGACGGAGACCAUCCCUCACCUGAAGCCCGAGUCCAGCAUCAGCUGCCAUAUCCAGUUCAGCAGUGAGGCCAUCGAGUUUCCCGCACAUGACGUGUUUGCCACUCAGACUGGUUUCGAUCCCAGCACAGGAUUUUAUACCUGCUCAAUGACCCUGCAGCCCCUGACAGAGCAGCAGCUGAGGGUCUUAAGUCGUUCCAUGACCAAUCUGGUGGUGAAGGCCUCUGUCGAGGGGGGUCAGUUCACGGGUAUGCCGGUCAGCGCCCAGCUGCCUAUCAACCCAGUGUUCUACGCUGACCAGAACGAGAUCCUGCUCAGCAAACUGCACCCAUCAGCUGAGCUCACGGUGUUUGGAGCUGCAGCAGCCAUCAGUAGCCUGGAGGUGACCUCAAGCUCCUCAGUCAUUAUGAUUCAUCAGAAGGAGAUUUCUCAGGGAGCCCCCAGCUUCGCUAAAUACACAGUCAGCCUCGCAGACCCAAAAUUCACACAAGGUGGCUCUUUGGCAACCCUUUUCGUAACAAGUUCAACAACAGACCAGACCCUCCAGCUGCCCGUGACUAUGAUUCAAGUGACUGACCGAAGCACUGCGAUGCAAGCAGCUCCGUGGGAGGGGCCCUCUCUGCUGCAGCAGUUCAUCGAUUCCUACCAUGUCAUGUUCUUCACCCUGUUUGCUCUGUUGACCGGCACCGCCAUCAUCGUCAUCGCCUGCCAUUCCUUCUUGAACCCGAGGGACCAGGCUCCUCACCCAGCUUUCAUCCAAAGACAUCCUUCUCCACAGGUGUGGCAUCACAAGAACUGAGAUCAGCCAUCGCAACACUGCACACACUCUGACCUGCAGGGUCUCUGUGGACCCCAUCUCCCACUCAACUGUGAAGGGGAACUGCUCUGUCGCAGGAAGAUGGAAGGCUCAGAAGGCUCAGAAAAGUGCCUUUCUCAUGGCUUCGCACCGUUCGGCAUAUUAUAAUGUUGUUUGUUUUUGUUGAGCUCAAUAUAGGCCAGAAGAUGACAGGCAAGACAAGGCCAACUUUGGGUGGAAAUGAUGGCAGCAUAGCGCCUUGUUGAACAUUUUGUGUUUAAUUUUUUUGUUUGAGUGUGCUCAAGUUUUAAAGCAGUGUCCUAUAUUUUUGUUUUCUCAUCUUUUAAUGUUAAAUGCUUUGCUUUCAUCCUUAUAUGAUAAAUUGGGUUGUUGCACUGAUUUAACUAUUUAUAUUCCUUCAUGGCUGCCUUGCUAUGCACCUCUUGAGCUUUGCUGCAUGCUUGCUGGAUCUAUAGUAAAAAGUGAGUACUUGAAGUAUCAGUGAAGUCUGAGUGGACAUGCUCUGAAACUCUGGAAAUUAAAAUUGAUGCACUGAUCGCUCUGUGAAUUUUUACCAUGUGAAUGCCAGUAUUCUAACCACAUUGUCGCCACUGUCUCGACAUUAUCAAACAGUUCAAAAGUGAAAGAUAAAAUAACCACCAAAUGGAUCCUUAUAUUGUAAAUAAUAGUGGUUAAAGUCGUGUCUGGUUAGGGUUUUUUUCUUUCAGUGAGAGAGAAUUCCUGCGAGUGUUUAAUUUUUCUGCAGCCUGGAUUGUAGCAAAUUCUCAUGUGCAUCUACAGUUUUGAAUGCCUUAAUACCUCAAUCUGGAGCAAAGCCACUGCAGAUUUAUUCUUAAUAUGAAUUAAUUUUUACUGCAAUGUGAAUUAGUUUCAUUUCGGACACCUUCAGUAGUCAACAAAAGUGAAUUAGCGUUGCUAUCGUGAUGUGGCUAUUGAAGAAGUUUCUUUUCAUAUCAAUCACCUCGUUUAUUCUAACUUUAAUGGCAGCAAUUAAUAUUAUUUAUUUUUCUUUUAAGCUCUCAUUGUGAGUAACAUGGAAUUGAAGUUGCAAGUACAAGCUGAGACAACGGAAUGUGGUUUUUUUUUUUUUUUUUUUUUAUUAUUAUUUCCCGUCCAUUUUUAUCAGUUCCAGACAGUAGUGUCUUUCUGUUUGUUGCCAUGUCGUUGCAUAUUUCUGAAUGUGAGCUUAUCGUUAUCCAUCUGCAGGUCUCUCUGUGGCUUUCUCUUCAAUAAAUGUUAAGCACAAUGUCUGUUUCUGUGUGCCUCAAGGUCUC